CAUUCGUCUUUAACUCUGCUAUAUAUAAGUUCCCAAACGAAACCAAAAAGAAAAGAAAAAAAUUCAUGAAUGAUACGUAUAAACUUAUUGCUAUAGUCAUCAUCGCCGGCGUAUUAACGGUAGUUGUUUUCAUAAUGUUUUCAUGUUUCAUGGGCAAGAAGAAGAAGAAGAAGCUUCAGCUACAGCAGCAGCCACAGACACCGCAAUGGCUGCGAGGAAUUGUUUCUGCUCCUACAUAUCAGCCAAGGAACAUUGAUGUGGAAAGUGAUGGCUUUCGGAGUAAAAGCGACACCAUUGUGAAGAAAUCUCUUGCUCCGAUUAAACCAUUCACUGUAGAUGGCAGCUCGCGCUACCAGGCGACUAAAAGAUUGGAGAGGGUUCGGGGUAAUAGAGAUGAUGGAUCAGCUUUCGGUGGUGGUUGUGGUGGCAGUGGCGGCGGUGACAGCGGUUGUGGUGGCAGUCACUGUGGUGGUGGUGGUGGAUGUGGUUGAGGGGGAGGAGGAGGUGGAGGAAGUGGAGGUGGAUGUGGGGGCGGCUCUUAAAACUCGAGGUUCUCUUAGUUAUUAAUUAGGUAAUUAUAGUUAUUUAUUUCUGUUUUGGACAUUAGCUUUUUCGUCACCGGAUUUAUUACCGUGGUAAUAACGGCAUUGUUGUUUCGAUUUUAGCUAUUGUAUCCUUCUUUAAUGGGUUAUAUAAAGGGUUGAUCCUGUCUUGAAUCUAUGUAAAGCAUAAAAGAUCGACUCUUGAUUGUUUUUAGGUUCCAAUGUCUAAUACAUGUAACAUGCCUUAAAACCUAACAGAGACGAUAAAUCAAAGAAAGAGAUAUUAGAGUUUAA